CGCUGGACCGCCCUGCAGUGUUGCCCUGACAACAGCGGCGCGCAGCUUUGUGAGCGAAGUGCGGGCUAAAGCAGGUGUCGGGUUGCAGAGCGCUGGCCGGGGCUCCGGGAUUGCGUGGAGCCUGGGAGCGGCUAAAAGAGUCGGGCUACUGUUACUCCGCCUCUCUCUCCGACAGCUUCCGAACCCGGAAACUCGCAGGGUGAAAAUGGUCCAUCAUUCAGGCUCGAUUCAGUCCUUUAAACAGCAAAAAGGUAUGAAUAUAAGCAAGAGUGAGAUAGCAAAGGAAACUUCAUUAAAACCUUCCCGGAGAUCCUUACCUUGCCUUGCCCAGAGUUAUGCUUACUCAAAGAGCUUGAGCCAGUCUACCUCGCUCUUUCAGUCAACAGAGAGCGAAUCUCAGGUCCCCACUUCUGUGACUUCAAUUUCUGCUGACAAAGCAGAACAAGUUAAUGCUGAGGAGAAUAAAAAAGAUUCUGAACUCAAGUGUUCUUUUGCAAGCCUCAGUGAUUUUUGCUUGGCCCUAGGGAAAGAUAAGGAUUACAUGGAUGAAUCAGAACAUGCAAAUUAUGACCGAUCUCGACUCAUUAAAGACUUUGUUCCUAAAGAUAAUUCUGAAUCCAAGACAAGACUGUCUAAGAAUGACAUGAAUUACAUUGCAUCCAGUGGACUUCUAUUCAAAGAUGGAAAAAAAAGGAUUGAUUACAUACUGGUUUAUAGGAAGUCAAAUAUACAAUAUGACAAAAGAAACACAUUUGAAAAGAACCUCAGAGCAGAAGGCUUGAUGUUGGAAAAGGAGCCUGCUGUUGCUAACCCUGAUAUCAUGUUUAUUAAAAUCCAUAUUCCAUGGGACACAUUAUGCAAGUAUGCAGAGAGGCUGAACAUAAGAAUGCCAUUCAGGAAAAAAAGCUAUUACACUGACCGGAGGAGCAAAUCAAUUGGCAGGGUGCAAAGCUAUUUUAGAAGAAUAAAAAAAUGGAUAUCCCAAAACCCAAUGGUUCUUGACAAGUCUUCAUUUCCAGACCUAGAGGAGUCAGACUGCUACACUGGCCCCUUCAGUCGUGCCCGGAUUCACCACUUCAUAAUAAACAAUAAGGACACCUUCUUCAGCAAUGCCACCCGAAGCAGGAUCGUCCACCACAUGCUGCAGCGCACCAAAUAUGAAAAUGGGAUAUCAAAAGUGGGAAUCUGUAAACUUCUAAACAAUGGGUCAUAUAUAGCAGCUUUCCCCCCACAUGAGGGAGCCUACAAGAGCAACCAGCCUAUCAAAACCCAUGGACCUCAGAAUAAUAGACAUCUAUUAUAUGAGCGCUGGGCUCGCUGGGGAAUGUGGUAUAAGCAUCAGCCCCUGGAUUUAAUCAGGCUGUACUUUGGUGAGAAGAUUGGGCUCUAUUUUGCCUGGCUGGGGUGGUACACUGGAAUGCUGAUUCCUGCAGCAAUUGUUGGCUUGUGUGUAUUCUUCUACGGAAUACUGACAAUGAAUACAAGUCAAGUAAGCCAAGAAAUUUGCAAUUCGUCUGAAGUCUUAAUGUGUCCUCUCUGUGACAAGAACUGCUCACUGCAGAAACUCAGUGACAGCUGUAUAUAUGCCAAGGUGACAUAUCUGUUUGAUAAUGGAGGAACAGUGUUCUUUGCUAUUUUUAUGGCCAUAUGGGCUACAGUCUUCCUGGAAUUUUGGAAGAGAAGAAGAAGUACACUGACUUAUAAUUGGGACCUUAUUGAAUGGGAAGAAGAAGAGGAAACACUUCGCCCAGAGUUUGAAGCAAAAUACUAUAAGAUGGAGAGAAUAAAUCCUAUCAGUGGAAAACCUGAACCACAUCAGCCUUCUUCAGAUAAAAUCACUCGUCUUCUUGUUUCUAUCUCAGGGAUAUUCUUCAUGAUUUCUUUAGUGAUCACUGCUGUGUUUGCAGUAGUGGUAUAUCGCUUGGUUGUCAUGGAGCAGUUCGCAUCCUUCAAGUGGAGUUUCAUCAAACAACACUGGCAGUUUGCAACGUCUGCUGCAGCUGUUUGUAUCAAUUUUGUGAUCAUUAUGGCACUGAAUCUUGCAUAUGAAAAAAUUGCCUACCUUCUCACUAAUUUAGAAUAUCCUCGAACUGAAUCUGAAUGGGAAAAUAGCUUUGCCCUGAAGAUGUUCCUUUUCCAGUUUGUCAAUUUAAAUAGUUCUAUCUUCUAUAUUGCUUUCUUUCUGGGAAGAUUUGUAGGCCAUCCAGGAAAUUACAAUAAACUUUUUAACCGCUGGAGACUGGAGGAAUGUCACCCUAGUGGCUGUUUGAUAGACCUCUGCCUCCAGAUGGGAGUCAUCAUGUUUUUGAAGCAAAUUUGGAACAACUUCAUGGAACUGGGAUACCCGUUGAUCCAGAAUUGGUGGUCACGACAUAAAAUCAAGCGGGGAGUACAAGAUGCCUCUAUACCUCAGUGGGAAAAUGAUUGGAAUCUGCAGCCCAUGAAUAUUCACGGACUGAUGGAUGAAUACUUAGAAAUGGUUUUGCAGUUUGGUUUUACCACCAUCUUUGUUGCGGCUUUUCCUUUGGCGCCCCUUUUGGCUUUGCUAAACAAUAUCAUAGAAAUCAGACUGGAUGCUUACAAGUUUGUCACCCAGUGGAGGAGACCUCUGCCAGCCCGAGCAACUGACAUAGGUAUCUGGUAUGGAAUUCUUGAAGGAAUUGGUAUAUUGGCUGUGAUCACCAAUGCAUUUGUAAUUGCUAUUACAUCUGAUUAUAUCCCACGUUUUGUAUAUGAAUACAAAUAUGGCCCUUGUGCUCGUCGCUUUGAAUAUAGUGAGAAUUGCUUAAAGGGUUAUGUCAACAAUAGCCUAUCGUUCUUUGACCUGAGUGAGAUUGAUGUGGGAAAAACUGGUUAUUGCAGGUACAGAGACUACAGAGGUCCACCUUGGAGUUCCAAGCCCUAUGAGUUCACUUUACAGUACUGGCAUAUUCUUGCUGCAAGAUUGGCCUUCAUCAUCGUGUUUGAGCACCUUGUUUUUGGGAUAAAGUCCUUCAUCGCAUACCUGAUUCCAGAUGUACCAAAGAACUUAUACGAUCGAAUACGACGGGAGAAGUAUUUAGUGCAAGAAAUGAUGUAUGAAGCAGAGCUAGAACAUUUGCAACAACAACGGAGGAAAAGCGGCCAUCCAGUUCAUCAUGAAUGGCCGUAGUUGAUCCCCAUUUCCCUGGAAGAGUGUUAAAAUUGUAGAAUUGCCAGGAACUUAACCUUGUGGGUGAGAACUGGGAGGGAAACAUGCCUGGCAUGAUACGUAUGUUUAAUGUGCUCAUUGGUUGGCAAUGCAUUAAAUGAACAUUUGAUAUUUGUAAAAUACAGACUUAUAGAAAGAGAAAUAUGAGUCAUAACCAUUAAAAAUCUGGCUAAACUGACAAUGCAGGGCGCCAAUACCUACUUCUCAGGUAGUUUGGAAACGUCCUCCGCCAUUAGCUGCACUGUAAUAAGGGUAAUGGGGGAGAGAGUUUCUAGAGACCGAUCUCCAGGGACAUGUUCACAAGCCUGGCAUAACUGAAAGUAUCAUAUGAUAUGAAUUCACAUACUAAUAUGAAUAUGCAACCUUAGUUUGAGUUGCAAUAUUCACAAAAAAUACAACUUAAAUCAAUUGUUGCCUUUUCUGCUGGAACUUCAUGUCCCUUCAGCUUACAGAUUUAUAAUAAAGAAUUGUCCCUAUUUCCUGAUGAGAUUAGGGGUCUGUGCCACAGGGAAUUUAUGCUGCUUUACAUUGACUAUGCAGUUAAAGAGUUUCAUAUCUCCUUCAUAGACAAACCAAAAAUCUAAGAUUAAAAAAGAUACCAUUCAUUGAAAUAAUAUUAUAUUGCAUUCACUACAUUCAAAUUUCUUUUAUCAGUGCAGGACAGUCAUCUGCCUUUAAUUUUUUAAAACAAAAUGUCAAUAGAGCUACUUAUAAAUCAUGAGUGGUUAUUUUCAUAUAAUUUAGAACAGGUCAACCCACACUUUACUCUUCGACAGUUUUAUAGUAUUUUCCUUCCUCGAUUCACUGCUACAGUUUUUACAGAAUAACUUGAACUGCUGUAAAUAUGUUGGUUUUCCUUAUGUCUUUGCACCUUAACAAUAUGUAGGACAAGUUAUGCAGCUUUUGAAUUGAUGAGGUCAGUUUCACAACACACCGUGGUGACUUGUUUAUCCAGGAAGCCAGAAGCCAGAUGCUUUACAGCACAGCCCCUUCUAACCAACAAUCUGCACUCCUGCUCAUGAGCUAAUGAGAGCAAUGCAUGAAUGUAAAAAUUUAUAUUAUUACUUGGGAUUAUUUUUUUAGAGCAUUUUGUGUUCCUUUCUUUUAAUCAUUGAAGUGGACGUUCUGUUAUUGUGUCUUUAAUAUAGUUAAUUGGUUUGUGUUUUGAAAUUUUCUAGAAACAAUGUCAAAUUAAUAGUGAAAGACAUUAUUUUUGCUUUGUUGUGGAAUUCCUGUUUCACUGUCACUCUACUAGUAAAAAGGUUCACAGACUGCUGAAGCAGGAAUGACAACAACAGGGCGCUUCACUAAAAAAGAUCUGGUAGAGGCAUCAGCUCUGGGGGCUGAAGAGGAAGAGAACAAUUGAAGGAAAGUGUGAUAGAAAUCCCACCUCCUUUCCUUACAAAACAUUUGAAACUAAUCUCAAUAUUUUUUUCCCCAAGGCAAUGGGGUAGUGGUAAUGGUCUCUCUUCUCUCUUUCUCUCUCUCUCUCUCUCUCUCUCUCUCUCUCUCUCGCUCGCUCGCUCUCUCGCUCGCUCUUUCUCUCUCUUUCUUGCUCUCUCUCACUCUCUCUCAUAUCUCUCUAUAUAUAUCACAUGGGCACACACAUCACAUUAACACACGCAUAUAUGACUAUUAUGAUUAUCUGCCCAAGUAAAUUUUUCCAAUUAAACUGAGCAGUUAUUCCAAAAUGUAUAAGAAUUGAAUUAAGCACAAAUAGAAAAAAAAUUUCUUCAUAAGCACACUAGGAUUUUCCUCACAAGAAAAUUAUAGAAUUUCUCUUACUCAAACUAAUUUUUCAAUAUGAAACUGAAAAUAUACUUUGGGCUUCUCAUUUCUCCCUCCUGAGAAAGACUGAUAGAUUAUCAAAUAUAUUUUAGACUUUUUCUUCCCCCUUAAAAAGACUAAUAGAUUUUAUGUGGUUGGUUGGUUUCAUCAAAAUUUUUAUUAUUUAUUUGCUCCAUGUUUUUGAGAAAGUGGGUUACUUUUACUUUAAACUUCCCUUAUAUACCCUUGCAAAAUUCUGUUUCUUCCACCUAAUUACUUAGAAAAACUAAUUCACUAACUACAUAUAGGAGGUUUUAAUGAUUCCAGUUUUAUAACAUCUGCAUUCCUUUAUUAAUUAAAUGUAUUGCACAUGUCUGAGUAUACCUCUGUUGUACUGAUGUACAUGAACUGUUAUAAACAUAAAACUGGCAUUUACGUCUUUUCAAAUUAACAUAAGAAGACAUUUAUCUUACAGUAGAACAAAUGAUGUUCUCUGUCCUUGAAAAUUCUUUUCCAAAUUAUUUUUAUAUAAUCAUUAUCAGUAUUUUAAAUAAUUUUGAUCACCUAGAAAGAAAAUUUGCCAAGAGAAAGGUGUUUUUAAUAAAAUUUGUAAUACUCUGAUUUAGAAAAUUCCUUAUCUGAUAUUUUUUAAACCGAUGGAAAAAAUAGAGAAAAACUGAACAAUUCCUUUUGUGAAAUGACACGGUAGAAUCUAGCUAUGCCUUCAUCACUGUUAACAGCAAAAUAUUGACAGCCCCUUGUAGUAUGUUAGUUUUUGAUCACUAGUCGAAAGAACUGUUUUAUAUCAUGAUUUUCAUAUAAAUAUAAUUAGUUUUCAAAGAUUUAUAUAGCACACACUUCUCAGGAAUUAUGUAUACAUGAAUGCUGCUUAUAUAUUUUCAUAUUCUAAACUGUUGUAUCUUCAGGCAAAUUACUAAUAUAUAUGUGCAUGCAGUUUGCAUUGACAAGUUCAGAGCUGAAAUGAUUUUAUAGUACAGUAUGUGGAAAAUUGUUAUAGAUUGUAGAGGAAAUGACUUGCAAAUUGUCUGAGCCUGUGCACGCACUUAUAGAUAAAUGCUGCCCAGUGAUCGCAUGAUGAGCUACAACUUCUGAAUGCUGCACAAUCUUCCAAAAUGACUUUUAGCACAAUCUAUCAUAAAAUGGAAUGAAAAAAAUCUUUUUCACUCAAUAAAUUAUCAUGUGAUAUAGUAUUUUUUCUAUAA